CAUCCACACCAGGUGCUGGUGAUAGGCACAGUGCAAACAACCAGACACAUAUUUACAUGUAGCGGUCUGUCUGGUUCCAGCACUUAAUCUCUCAGGCUCCACCAGCAGCAGGUAGCCAGACCCUGAACUCCUGCAGCAAAUAUGCCGUUUGGCUCCUGCCCAUUCUGGAGAAUGCUGUUUUUUGUAAGUUUAGCAGGGUUUCUUUCAGAUUUGUCUGAAACUGGAGCUUUUGCCAGUCAGAGUGACUGCGACAGUACAACCAUAGAUAACGUGACUCAGAGCCUUCAGAAAUAUUCAACAUGCCUUCCUGAAAUGGCCAAAAAAGAUGGACGAGAUUCACUCAAUCGCCUUAUCUGGAUACUGAAAGACAGCCUUAAUCUUCUGCAACCUUUGCAAGGCAAAUUUUGCAAGCAUCUACCUCAGUGCCCGCAGCCUAUCGCCCCGAAGAAUGGUGGGAUAGUGUGCAUCACUAUUGGCAGCACUGAGUACUGCAAACCCAUGUGCAACAAGGGUUACGAUUUCUCGUUCCUCAGAAGAAGCAGGCUGUAUGAAAGCUGUGAUAGUAGCACUGGCUUUACCUGGACGACUCAACUGACUGGAGGGCAGACACUGGCUGUCUGUGAACCCUCGGAGAAGGCCGUGAGUGGAGCUGAAUCUGCUUAUUUCCCCGACAACAGCAGCUGCCUGCACACAUUAGCCUACAGCGAGCCCGAGCAGCUGGACACCUUCCUCGGAGAGCUUGCUAAGCAAGGCAUAGACACCUUCAACCACAACAAGGAGGCAGACUGUCUAAUAUGUGGUUAUUAGCAGGAGGGACUGGCAGGCACGGCAUGCUUGUACCACAGACCAAGUGGCUAGCUGUGUUUGGACUAUUUCAACAAGAAAAGCAGAGCAGUAAAGUCCCUUCUAAGAGCCGUGAACAUACAGUUUGCAUUUAGUUAAAAGAUUUGAGAUCACAGUCACCACUUGACCUCAGCUCUUGGGUACGGAUGCAUACACUAAAUCUAGUCGCAUAGCUCACAGCAGGGGCAUUUCAAAGAAUGCAGAUUAUAUUUUUAUGCCUUAAAUUUGUCUUACCGUAAUUAUAAGGGAAUUACAGCCUCUUUAUUGAUGCAGUUAUUAGUUAAGCACAAUAAUUGUUCUCAGAAAUCAUCUUCUGUAAAGAAGGAUCAUUUUUAUGGAGGAAGAGUUUGCUUGUAGCUGCUUUCACAGUUGUGAGUUAAUCACUGUUGUUGCUUUGGUGAACAUUAAAACUGUGCAAGUCACAACAGCUAUGGCUAUAGGAAACAACUCUGUGCACGUGCCUGUGUGCUCGGGGGUGAAAUUAGACUGUGUGUACAGGUGUUUAGAGUGCUGCGGCUCACAUGAGCUAAGGAUAUGAAGCUCUGAAGUUUGCUGGGGGAACAGCUCAAACAUCUUUCCAUUUGUAUUUACAAGCCUGAGGAUGUCCCACAGAAGUAAAUACAAUCAGGCACAGUUCAGAGCAUUUACAGCACUCUAAAAGUGCCCUGUAUUCUUGCUGUAGCUAGAUAAAAGAGCAGGAAAAAUGCAACAUUUCAGUCUAGCACAAAAUGUGAGAAAUGGGAUCACCCUAUAUUAUCAGAAAUUUCCAUCAUGUCUUCUUAGGCAGAGGUUACUGCAAACUGUGGUUGAACUUCAGAGGAGGAAUACAAAAGCAGCUGAGGUCCAGAAUCACAGAAUGGCCCACAUUGGAAGGGAUUUCAAGAACCAUGAAUCUCCCACCCCCACCACAGGCAGGGCCACCAACCUCCCCAUUUAAUACUAGACCAGGUUGCCCAGGGCCCCGUCCAAUCUGGCCUUGAACACUCCAGGGACAGGGCAUCCAUAACCUCUCUGGGCAGCCUGAUUAGAAUGGAGCUCUAGGGCUUUGGACUGAGCGCAGGGCGGACUGGCUAAGAUGCUUUGGUGUCAGUACAACUGUACUGGGGCCGUUUUCCUGGGCCUACCCAAGGAUAUCUGCAGCUCCUGGCUAGUCACCCUCCCUGGUCUCCCUCCCUUUACCGUAUUUCCAAACCCAGUCUACGCUGAGGCAGAUUUGGCUGUUACCACCACUAGCAAAAAUUUACCUCAUCAUCCAAAUUCGUAGCAACUCAAAUAUGAACAAAGAUAUGAUCAAGUGAUUUUUUUGUAAUUUAUUCUUAUGAUGAAAUAUAAAAACAUUUGUUCCUGCUUCCACUUCA